GUGUUUGAUACACCAUUAGGAGACUGACUAAGUACUGUCUGUUUUGUAAUGGAAGUUAACAAUAAUUUCUUCUUUUAAGUUUUCGUUAAAAUGAAAAUUUCGUGGCGUAAAGUGCCCAAGCUAGCGGGUAUCAGAAAUGUAAUCUAGGACGAGCAGUCUUGGAUCAGAAAACGAUUGAAAAAUGACCACCAGAGUUUGCAGUAACACAUCUAACACUAGUACAGCUAGACAGAGACAGAAUGUUCAAGAGCAACAAACUGUGGUGAAAACUUCUAACCUGGUAAAAACACGGGCAAAUCACAACAGAAAUAAUCUUCUCCACAAACUUACCUUUUUACAAAUCCAUGGAAAUCUCCAAGGCCAUGCUCGAGGUUCUCAUUUGAAGCUUUUUGACCGGCUUCCUCGACGUCUUGCCUUUCGAUUGGUAGAUCUAGUUACAGAAUCAGUGCUACAGUCAGGCCAUGUCUUUCUGGGAUUCACAAAGAAUGGGCAAUUCUUAUUAUCUUACACACUACAUGUGGUAGCAGAUGACCACACAGCUUUCCCAUAUAAUAUUUACAGGCUUCACUGGUGGCUCUUUGUUCCAUACAGACCAUUAUUAAAGGUCUCAGAGGUUCGUUUAUUUGGAGAAACUGAGAUUAUGCAGGAUUUGAAGAUUGCUAUUUGUCAGUGGCCUACUGAUGACACAAAAAUUUUAGUUUAUGGUUGUUGUUUUACCCAGAUUCAGGACACUGUCCAGUGUUACUUGACCAUUACAGCUACUCCUCCUCUACAGGGUUGUGAAGACUGUAAGCAACUCCAAACCCAGGAUCAAGAUGAUGAUGAGGUGGAAGAAGAUGCUAGCUUCAAAAGAUGUUUGCAACACAGUAUGACAAUCCAUACCAACUAUAUCUUGGUUCCACCCUUUCCUCCCUUCAGUCCAUCGCUAUGUAUGAAAAAAGAUGGCUUAGUACUGAUAAACACAGGGGACAACCUCAUAGCCUUGGAAGUUGAACUCAUAAGACACAACUCACUGGGAUUUAAGAGUCAUUUUGAAGCUGAAAACAUUCCUACCACUAGCUUUCAUCAUGCGGGUAAUUAUACUGAGGAAGUUAGUCUUGGACAUAUUCAGUUGAGUGUGCCAUCAGAUGAAGAGGACUCUAUCAGUUCACCUGUAGGUUAUUGUCAGGACAACUGUGAUCCAAGUCGUGUUGUUUGUGAUCUCUCUAGUGCCUUGAAAAAAGAUUGUUGUUACGAAUCGCAAGUCUGUAGAGAAGAUUGUGAGGCUCGCAGAUGUUGGAAUUAUGACAUUUUACCUUGUAGGUGUAAUGUGCAACAUUUUAGAAUAGUCAGUAACUGUGGUGAAAAUGUUUGUAACAUCCGACCCGAGGACUGUAAUGUAGCAAAGACCAGUGAGCCAUUAUUAGGAAGUAAACAGUCUGUAACAGCACAAAGUGAUAAGAUGGAGAAUUGUUUAACUUUAUUUAGUUCCUGUCAACACCAAGAAUUUAAGUGUUGUACUAAGUUGUGUUUACAUGGUGAAUCAUCUCAGAAAGUGUUUUGUAGCUGUCAGUGGCAACAAGAAAAUAGUAGAGAAGAAAGUGAAGAACAAGUGUUUCCUUUGCAUCUAGAGCAGCCAAAAAUAAAAGAUAUUCAAGACUAUCACUGUGUUAGUGCAACUCGACACAGAUGGUCUGAAAAGUCUAAUAAAACUACAGAUGCUAGCUUAGGUAUGGUGGUCAAUCAGAGCUUGUCCCCAAAAGGCUUGGAACCUAGUGAACGUUUUCUAUUGCUAAGGUCGCCAUCUGAUGACAACAGUGGGAGUUCUGUGAGAACUUACUUGUCUCUGCAGAAGAACUCUGGCACAAAUCCUCGAAAUGCUCAGUCUCCUGCCAACCCUUCCUCAGAGAAAGAAGAAUCUCAUCCUUUCACUCCCCCUUCUCGUGGCUACCUCAUUUCCAAGUCUUUUGAAUCAGUGAAAGAAAACAUUUCACCAAAUGGGAAAAGAGAAACAAGUACAAUUACAGAAAAACAAGAGAAAGCGGGAAAGAAAAGGGAGUCUUCACCUCCAUUCUGUGACUCGUGUAUAGCAGCAAUGAAACAAGGGAGACAACCAAGAGAUGAAUCUCCUUGUAGUUCAUCCAACUUGAACAGUGGUAGAUCAUCAGGAACAGGAGGUCAUUGUGUCAAAGAGACUAGACAGAUCUUUAGUCAAAGAAGGGUGAACAGGUACAGAAAUGAAGAGGACUCUUCAGAGGAGGAAGCACAGAACUCGGAAUAUCACAGCAGCUUACCUUUGGAAGUUCAUGGAACAACAUACCAACCUCUUGAAUCAGGCUUUAAAGGCAAUCUAAUGGCUCAGGAUGAGUUCAUUGUAGCCGUACGUCAGGUGGCUUUUGACAUUGAACAGUUUGCUCAUGAGAUGGCACAACGGCUUUGUGCUGAAGCUGGAAGGAAAUAUCUUGCUUUUAAUGACUACGAUGUUCAAGUUAUUGAUCUUUGCCCUGAAUCACAGACUGCUGUUGUUCUGGUAUUGAUGUUGAUUCAAGCUACGGUAGGGAACAAAGGAGUAGCCAAAGGUCUCAGGAAUGCAGAAAGACAUGUCUUCCAAACAGGAUUUAAAUUUCAGUGGAAAAUUGACUCAGGGACUUACAGUAUCAUUGAUACUGAAGAGCUCAGACAGAUUGAUCCAUAUGAUGUUGGCAAGUAUGAGAGCUUGUCGCAUGUAUGGAACCCUGCUCAACAAGCUGUGAAACACCUUCAACAACAGUGGUACAUCCCUCAUGCUCAUGCACGGUCAGUUAACGUACUUACAAAUGAAGCCGUAUUUCAAGGGACAUCUAAAAAGGUGCUAUGGGCCCCAGCUCAUCAUCUAGCUAUUGUAUUGUAACACAAACAGAUUUCUUACCAUGUCCUCCUAGCCAGAUGUCUUUUAUUAUGUGUGUGUGUAUAUAUCAGGGUUAUUUAUCUGAAGUCACAUGUACGCCAACAUUUUGUCAAGUUUCAGUUUUCAUACCCAGAGUUAACAUCUUCUUGUAUAUAACCUAUCAUUCUCUCGUUCUAGAACAAGCCUAUAAUUAGUCUUGUCAAUAAAGUGAAAUUGGUUUCUCAUUCUUA